CAGGGGUACUUUCGCUGUUUCGUCAGUAGAGGUCAGGGUAAACCUUUCGCCAGCGGAUGUUCCGUUUGCAAAGGGCGCCAUUCGUAGAAGAAGACUGGCUAUCUUUCCCUUUUUUUUAAUGGUGUGGUCGAAUGUUGGCCACUUUAUACCUGAAUGUCGACGGUUCGGCUGUUCCUGUAAACGACAUCGGCCCUCGAGCGUUUUAUUUGAGGCGAGGAUAAGAGUCGAAUUCUCUUCCACGGAUACUUUUCACCGACCGACAGAAGUGCCACUUUCGAAGUAACUUCCAUCCUAGGCCUCAUGAUGGAGUUCCAAGGAAGCACUUCAGAUGGCGAUCUGAACACAGGAGGCAUUUGCUUCAGCUGCGAACAGAUCUUUUCCACUCAAACAUUUUUGGAGGAGCAUGUGUGUCCCUUUACCAGUCACAUCUGCUCCUGCGGAACCGAGUUCUCCUUGUAUGAAGACAUGCUCUCCCACAACGUCACGCACGAGCCGGGACAACAGGCGCUUCACCAUGAAAUGAUAAACAAGCGGCGUUUUCAGAAGCACAUCGAGGAAGAGGAGAAACUCAAACGCUUCAAAUUGGGGGAAGUUGUCUGGAAAGGUGAUGGCGCGUCUGCGUCAAUGAAGCAAGCGUCGUUGGCGUCAAUGAAGCAAGCGUUGUCGGCGUCUGCUUUUUCGUCUAAAAUUUCUAAACCGAGCUCCAGCGUGCCUACCUCGUAUCAGAACCUGUCGCCAUCUUUGAAUUCUCGCCAAGGUGGAAUGGACGUGAAGAGUAUGUUUUCUACUGUGGGCGCGCCAACAGUAGAUCUAUGGACAAUUUACCAGCCCGUGGUAACAUUGCAAAAUACCCGCAAGUCGAAUCCAUGGCUGCCGUACACUUGCGGAAAAUGUGGUGAGAGUUUCAAAACCAAGCACAUGCUCAUGUCGCACGCCAACAAUAGUCACAUAGCUGAUAAAAUCAGCGGCUGCAUUGGAUGUGGGCUACUGCUUUCCAGCAGGAAGUUUGUGCCUCGCUUCCACACUUGCAACUCCCCCAGCACUACGGCCAAACUCAAACUUAUUACGGCCAAGCCACCCAAUUACAAGAGUCCCGCGUUAGGAAUAAACCCGACUCAGAAUCCGCGCAACUAUUCCAAGGCGGGGAAAAAAAACAGUCAGAUGCUUCAAGUUACGUCAGCACUGCAGUUGAAGAAUCUAAAUGUACGAACCUUUGGCAAAAUGGCUCCGAAAGCUCAGCCCGCGCCUUCCAAACAAGAGAAUUCGACAGUCACCAUCCCUCAGAAGAGCAACUGGAAGCAUUCACCCUCGCCCGUGCAACCCUCCGUGGAGGUCUCAGACGUCACGUGUCGAGUGUGCCACGGCUCCUUUGAGAGCACUAUGCAGCUGCAGAGGCACAAGUGUCCCAAAGCUGACGAGUUCUUGGCCAAACACGGCCGCAUCGGCAAGGUGGUCAAGCCCAAGCGGGCGGCGCCGGCCCCCAAGGCCAGCGUCGCUCAGGUGAACGGAGAUAGAAGUCGCAGGUUCCCUGCAAAUGCCAAGAAUCAAGGUGCUGCCAACAAAGGGCAAAGCGUCGUAAACAUGGAUACAGGAGACGAUAACGAAGACGAUUGUUACAUCGUGGAAGCGGGACCCGAAAAAACAUCUGAAAUGAUCUACCAGGUCACCUCAUCUGUCCCCAUUAAAACUUGACCUGUUUGCAAGUCACACGUCGUUUGAUUAUGUUCAUUCCAAAGGAGUCAAAUGUUUCCCCAUCUUGUCCGUACUUUUACAAUACAUUUGUGUAUGCAUUUAGAUUUGUUAGAAUUAAAUAUGCAUUUGAAUUUGGCUGCAUCCCACUUUUGCAAGACAGAACAUCUGAAUUUUGGGUGGGAAUUCACAGUGAAAGUCAAUAUAUGUUAUGAUGAAAGGUGUGGUGGCAACAAGACACUGUACUAUGUCGUUUUUUGUUUUUAUAUAUAAAUAUGGUUUAGUGUGAUCAGAAUGUGUUAGGCUUAAGGAUUCACCACCAUACCAUUUUACUUCCUCUGGCUCAUUUAAAGUGAACCUUAUGUAUUAUUAAACUCUAUUUUCCAAAG